AUGUUGGUGAAAGCUUUGCCGUUUCCGCCGCCGCCACCGGCGAACCGUACCAUACAAAAGCAAUGCUUGAAAUAUGUGGCGGACAGUAUGAUGAGCGGAUCCUGGAAAUUUAUAGCGGUCAUUGCCACUUUUAUCCUUAGCAGGGUUCUUCACCAUCUAUUGAAGCCUUUAUCUCAACCUCAAAUCAUCUCUGAUAUUCUUGUAGGGGUAUUUCUUGCUUCAAUACAAGCCAUACGUGAUUCAUUUGGGGAUCAAUCUGCUUUAAACAUGGACAACAUUGUUGAUUUUGGGAUGAUUCUAUACACCUUCGUUCUAGGUUUAGAAAUGGACCCUUACGUGAUCUUCAAGUCACCAUCACGCCCUGCAAUUUUGGCUUAUGCUAGUGUGUUAUCAACAUGCAUAUUAACCUCGGUUCUAGUCCCAUGGCUGCACUAUGGUUCCAAGGACGCCGGCAUCAUCACCUUAACCAUGUCCCUUUCCAUUACUCUCUCCGGCACCGGCUCUCACAUACUCACCCGACUCAUAACGAACCUCAAGAUCGGUAAAUCGGACAUCGGGAAGCUCACCGUCAUGGCCGGGGUUCACUCAGACAUGAUAACUAUGUUCAUACUUUCAAUCAGCUUCUUCUUCCCUUUGGUGAUGAUUUUGAGUGCGAAGGAAGAUAUGAAACUGGUAGUGCAGAUGUUAUCGGCGCUUGUGUUACAGACGAUCCUGGCGGCUAAGAUCUCGCCGUCGUUCUUUAAUUGGGUUAACAACGAGAACCCUGAAGGGAAAGCACUCAAGGGCUCGCACCUAGUACUCUCCAUGGCGUUCAUCGCCGUCAUAUGCAGUUGCGCGCCUUGGUUCGGUUACAGCCCUUUCCUCAGCUCGUUCAUGGCGGGGCUUUUCUUGCCGACGGAGGGGCGGAUAUCGAAAUGGGCGAUCAGCAAGAUCAACUACUUGUUGAGCUUGCUUUUCUACCCUCUUCUCUUCUUUUGGGUGGGACUUAAGAUUGACUUCACGGAAUUUGAAGGCGGCCAACAGGGGACAUGGGAGAAGUUUUUCGCGCUUUUGUUCAUAGUAUACGUCGGGAAAAUCGUCGGAACUAUCGUCGGCGGGGUCAUGUUGGGUUUCCGUUGGCCGGAAUUGGCAGCCAUCGGAUUGCUUUUGAUGGCCAAGGGUCAUUUUCAUCUAUACUUCGCUGUUCAUGCACUCAGGACGGGGAAGAUCGAAAUGUCAACUUGCAUUUCAAUGGUGUUUGUGUUCUUCCUUUCUAUUGUGCACACCCCCUUUGUUGUGAGGCAUAUAAUCGAACGUGCAAGGCAGCUCGUCCCGGUUCAAAGGAUGACUCUCCAAUGUCUCGACCCGACGAGCGAACUCGGAAUCUUGCUCUGCGUUCACGGACCUCACAACGUGCCUUCAUCCAUAAACCUAAUGGAGAUCACUAGGGGCAGACCUAACCCGGGCCUCCGUGUUUACGUGACCCACAUGGUCGAACUCACCGAGGAACUCGAGGAGACGCUCGAGCAAGAAGAAGGGACCGGAAAUAUGGUUGUGACCAACAAGUCGGUGAUUGAGAUGAGGGAGCAAAUCACUCAGGCUUUCCAAUCCUACGUCGACGAGAAUAUGGUCGGUGUCACGCUUAGUCGGUCGCAAGUGCUCUCGACGUUCAACAGUAUGGCGCGGGAUCUCACUGUUUUGGCGGAUGACUUGAUGGUUACCCUUAUCUUGUUGCCGUUCCAUAAGAGGUUGAAUGCGGACGGUACCCAUGAUUCAGGCACUCCUGGUUUUAGAUAUGUUAAUCGUAAGUUGAUUAGACAUGCUCCAUGUUCUAUUGGGAUUUUGGUGGAAAGAGGGUCCGGAUUUGCAGAAAAGAUCACAAAAUCAUCGCAAUGUGAAGUGGCAAUCAUUUUCAUCGGAGGCAAAGAUGAUAGAGAAGCACUAUCAUACGUGGGUCGAGUCGCGUGGCAUCCGGGAGUAAAGCUCACGGUUAUACGAUUCCUCCUCGAUAGAAACUCGGAAAACGCACCGAGGAGAUUGAACAACCGAGCAAACAUACAGGAGGAAGAAGUCGAGAUGAAGCUCGAUGACGAGAGCUUCACCGAGUUCUACGAGAAAUACAUAGCGGGUGGGAAGGUGUCGUACAUGGAGAAACAUCUCGCGAAUUCUUCCGAAACAUACACGAUUCUUAAGGCGUUGAAAGGGCAAUAUACACUCAUAAUCGUGGGACAAGGUGGACGGGUGAAUACGAUAUUAACAUUCGGACUUAACGAUUGGCAGCAAUGUCCAGAAUUGGGUUCGGUCGGAGAUGUGCUUUCCGGGUCAGGUUUCGAGUGUGAGGCAUCGGUUUUGAUCAUCCAACAACAUAGAUUGAAAGGACAACUAGAUGGCUUAAAUGAUGACUUCUCCAUCAUGUAAAAUGGUCUAAAAUGAAUAGGUUUGAAAUUUAGGAUGA